GGAGCGCGGCCAUGGCGGCGGCCCCGGCGGAGGCGGAGACCCGGCAGCGGCUGCUGCGCACCGUCAAGAAGGAGGUAAAACAGAUCAUGGAGGAGGCGGUGACGAGGAAGUUUGUGCAUGAGGACAGCAGCCACAUCAUCUCCUUCUGUGCGGCGGUGGAGGCCUGUGUCUUGUUCGGCUUGAAGCGGCGCGCGGCGGGGUUCCUGCGCAGCAACAAGAUAGCAGCUCUCUUCAUGAAGGUGGGAAAGAGCUUUCCCCUGGCAGAGGAGCUCUGCAGGAAAGUGCAGGACCUGGAGCAGCUCAUCGAGAACGCACGAAAUCAAGUCCAGAGCAUCCCGGAGAAUGUGCGCAAGAUGCCGAAGCUGCCCAACCUGUCUCCUCAAGCCAUCAAGCACCUCUGGAUCCGCACAGCCCUCUUUGAAAAGGUCCUGGAUAAGAUCGUCCUUUACUUGGUAGAAAACAGCAGUAAAUUCUACGAGAAAGAAGCUCUCCUGAUGGAUCCUGUGGAUGGGCCAAUUCUUGCAUCUUUAUUGGUGGGGCCCUGCGCGCUGGAGUACACGAAGAUGAAGACCGCUGACCACUUCUGGACAGACCCCUCUGCUGACGAGCUGGUUCAGAGGCACCGGAUCCACAGCUCCCACUGCCGCCAGGACUCGCCCACCAAGCGCCCGGCGCUCUGCAUCCAGAAGAGGCAUUCGAGUGGCAGCAUGGAUGAUCGGCCGUCGCUGUCUGCCAGGGACUACGUGGAGUCACUGCACCAGAAUUCCCGAGCCACGCUCCUCUAUGGCAAGAACAACGUCCUGGUGCAGCCGCGAGAUGACAUGGAGGCAAUCCCAGGGUAUCUGUCCCUUCACCAGACUGCAGACAUCAUGGCACUGAAGUGGACACCCAACCAGCUGAUGAACGGCACAGUGGGGGAUCUGGACUACGAGAAGAGUGUGUACUGGGACUAUGCCAUGACUAUUCGCCUGGAGGAGAUUGUGUAUUUGCACUGUCACCAGCAAGUAGACAGCGGUGGAACGGUUGUCUUGGUGAGCCAGGACGGGAUUCAGAGGCCUCCGCUGCGGUUUCCCAGAGGAGGACACUUGCUGCAGUUCUUGUCCUGCCUGGAGAACGGGCUCCUGCCCCAUGGGCAGCUGGAUCCACCCCUCUGGUCACAGCGGGGAAAGGGAAAGGUGUUUCCCAAGCUGAGGAAGCGAAGCCCACAGGGCUCCUCGGAGUCUGCCUCCGACAAGGAAGAUGAUGAAGCCACAGAUUAUGUUUUCAGGAUCAUCUACCCAGGGACACAGGCUGAAUUUGUGCCCCAGGACCUGAUGGACACGCCGGGCGCUGCUCUGCCUCCCAUGUGGCAACCCAGCACCCGCAAGUCCUCCUGCUCCUCCUGCUCCCAGAGCGGCUCCUCCGAUGGUGGGCCUCCCAACGGCUGCAGCCACGAAAGAGCUCCGCUGAAGCUCCUGUGUGACAACAUGAAGUACCAAAUCCUCUCCCGGGCCUUCUAUGGCUGGCUGGCCUAUUGCAGGCACCUCUCCACGGUGCGAACCCACCUCUCGGCGCUGGUUAACCACAACAUCGUGUCUCCAGAUGUGCCCUGCAACGCCAGCUCGGGGCUCACCGUGGACAUCUGGCAGAGAUACCUGCAGGACAGCACGAGCUAUGAGGACCAGGAGCUGCUGCGGCUGAUCUACUAUGGUGGGAUCCAGCACGAGAUCAGGAAGGCUGUCUGGCCCUUCCUGCUGGGCCAUUACCAGUUCGGGAUGACGGAGGCAGAAAGGAAGGAGGCUGACGAGCAGACGCGCACGUGCUACGAGCACACCAUGGCGCAGUGGCUGGGCUGCGAGGCCAUCGUCCGCCAGCGGGAGAAGGAGUCGCACGCGGCUGCUCUGGCCAAGUGCUCCUCGGGGGCCAGCCUGGAUUCCCACCUCCAGAGGAUGAUGCACAGGGACUCGACCAUCAGCAACGAGUCUUCGCAGAGCUGCAGCUCCGGCCGACAGAAUCACGCCCGGCUGCAGAGCGACUCCAGCUCCAGCACCCAGGUGUUUGAGUCUGUUGACGAAGCGGAGCAGCCUGAAGCAGAUGCUCAGCUGGAAGAUGGCAAACAAAGCAAGAUCCCCAACGGGACGGUGCCCAACGGCACGUGUUCCCCUGACUCUGGCCACCCCUCGUCCCAGAACUUCUCCAUCGCAUCGGGGUUCUCGGAGCGCAGCUUCAGCAACGAGGACAGUGCCCUGGAGACCACCAAGUCCUCGGCCAGCUCUCAGGGAAAGGCGGGUGGCUCGGACGUGCCAGCCCCACAGGACCCCGGUGGUGCCCGGCACGAGGAGAAGCUGCGGGGCCAGGACAGCCUGGAAGGGGAAUUUCCCACCGGUGGAAACGUGGACUUUGUUCGUGCGGGUGAGAGCUCGGCCAGGGCCCUGCGCGAUGGUGACUGUGUGGCCCUGACUGUGGUAGAGAGCUGGGCAGACAGCGAAGCUGAGAAGCAGAGCUUGGUGGAGAGUGAAGAUAACCUCUCCGAGGAGCCGGAGAUGGAGAGCCUGUACCCACAGCUGGAUUCUCUGGCUGUAGCUGAUCUGGCCAACAGUGAAACGUCUGCUGUCUCCUCAACGGGUGUCACCUACUCGCCAGAGCUCCUGGACAUGUACACGGUGAACCUGCACCGCAUCGAGAAGGAUGUGCAGCGCUGCGACCGCAACUACUGGUACUUCACCCCUGCCAACCUGGAGAAACUGCGCAACAUCAUGUGCAGCUACAUCUGGCAGCACAUUGAGAUCGGCUACGUGCAGGGGAUGUGUGACCUGCUGGCCCCUCUCCUGGUCAUCCUGGAUGAUGAGGCUCUGGCCUUCAGCUGUUUCACUGAGCUGAUGAAGAGGAUGAAUCAGAACUUCCCCCACGGAGGAGCCAUGGACACCCACUUUGCCAACAUGAGAUCUCUGAUCCAGAUUCUGGACUCUGAGCUCUUCGAGCUGAUGCACCAGAACGGUGACUACACUCACUUCUACUUCUGCUACCGGUGGUUUCUCCUGGACUUCAAGAGAGAACUGGUGUAUGACGAUGUCUUUGCUGUCUGGGAGACCAUCUGGGCAGCUGCACACGUUUCCUCUGCUCACUACGUGCUCUUCAUAGCCCUGGCGUUGGUGGAAAUGUACCGGGACAUAAUCUUGGAGAACAACAUGGAUUUUACAGACAUCAUCAAGUUUUUCAAUGAGAUGGCCGAGCGGCACAACACCAAGCAGAUCCUGAAGCUGGCUCGGGACCUCGUCUAUAAAGUCCAGACUCUGAUCGAGAACAAGUGAAGGACACGGGGAAGACGAGACAUCCAGACGACGAGCCGGGACUCCCCUUCAACGCUUCCUCCCCUUCUCCAGGUGCCGUGCCUGUGGAAACAAGGUAGUGGGACACAUGCUGCUGUCUAAGCUGGAAGUACCCUUAGCUCUCCAUGUGCUGUGUUCAGUGUUAGGUCCAGUGGUCCUGGCUCACGUCUUCGCAGCCUUCUUCAGUGACUUAACCAAAGAUCUGUACAAUUGCAUCUUACUGCUGAGGACUUGCUUUGAGAGCACACAAAAACUGCCGAGGCAGCCACCAGCAUCCAUGUCAGAGCUGGGGGUGUGGCAGAGGGGAGCCGGGAGCUCCCCCCCUCCCUGGGGCUGCCUCGGGCUUGGCAGCCUUUGCUGCAAUGGGAUAGAGCUGCUCCUUGGGCAGGCGCUGCCCUGUGGCACCAGGAACCAGCCCCACAAGCCCGGUGCUGCCAGUGCUCAGUUUGUGACCCACAUCACAAGGUUCUGCCAGUAACAGAGAGGGACUUUGAUCACACAGAUUCCCCCUUUGAUCUCGUCCCUCGAUGCAUCCCCUGUAGGAUUAUUUUUAGGGCUCUGUUCUCCCUGGGGUUUUUACAUUGUUUGCUACUACAGUAUCUGAGCACACGAGAGUUUCAUCUCCGGGUGGGUUUUCAGAAUCGCUCCAAAUUCAGCAUUGGGCUUUUCUUUCAAAAUCCAGCCUGUCUGAUGCUCUCUGAACACUGGAAAGUCUGGUCCGAACCUCCUCUGGGAACUCCAGACUUGAGGUUUUCUUACCUGCCUUACUCUAGCUGCUCGUGGUAGGAGUCUGGUUCCUCUGUUAGAGGAGAGCUCCUCAGUGGGCAAGUCAGAGCUCCCGGGUGGGUGUCUGUCCUGACCGUCCCUCUGAAGGUGCCUGUCUCCUCCUCUGUUCAUUUAAAGACCAGCUGCUCCAAGCAGGACAGUGCAGCCAAUCCCCUUGGUGUCUGUGCGGUUUCUGUGUGCUUCUGGGGCUGCCUGCAAAGCCCCUAAAGUCCACUGCAAGUCUCCAGUUAGGUCUUGGUGGGCUUCUUUCACAUGCCUGUGAAGAGGAAAAUAGCCCGAGGUCCCUGAGUGGGCUUUGCUGCUGGAAGAUGCACUUCUGCGGCCCCUGGAGCACGCUGCAUGAAGUGCCUCUCCAGCACUGCCAGUGUGAGCGCGGGGAUGCCCACUGUGCUAAGGCUGCACUACGGAGGGUUUGGAUUCAUUCUUCAACUCAGGUAAAAACACUAAAGGCAAAGGAGAGGGGUGGGUGGUCGGUAGGUCUGGUGCAGCCAGGGAGGGCUUUGUCAUGGCCACAGGAGCUGCCAGGAGCCGUGCUUGCAGCACUGGGGAGGGUGCUGGGUUGUAGCUCUCUCUACGGGCACUUGCUCUCAAGUUUUGCUGCAAAAUCCGUGUUCCCCCUCCAUGCAAUGUGAUGUGUGUGAUGUGUGUGUGUGUGCUCUCCUCCUCCCCUCUGCAAGGUAAGGCCCUGCUCUUGCUGCUGGAAGGGGAAAGGGGCCCUCCCUUCUAUGGAGCAUCUGUCUGUGCCGUGUUCCGUAUUUACUCGUGGUGUGUGUCAGAUGUUGCUUGCAGGCGUAAAGAGGGAUGUGAAUCUGCAGCAGGGAAAACUGCUGCUCCGGAGCAGCUCUGUGGAGCGUGCUGAAGUGCUUUGCAGCUCCCCAGCAAACCGGCUGGUCCUUCUGUAGUGCUGGGACAUGGAGGCUGCAGCUGGAAAAACAGGGGGCCAGUAGCACGUACUGAACCCACUGGAGGCUGCAGCAGGGGGUGAGGGCAAUGGGGAGCUUUUUCUUUCCCAUAACCCCAACAAACAGAGGUGUACCAACAAUCUAGGAGAUUCCUUGAAGCAGUUGUCUGCAUUAAGUCUCCAAAGAGUGCUUGGUCUGCAGCAGCACAGGGAACAGAGGCCCGUGAGCUCUGGAUCUGCCAGUCGGUGUGGGAAUCUUCCAUCUAUCCACAAAGCAGAGCAAAAGGCUCUGCCCUCCCCACCAGGCUGUGCCUGUUCCCUUCUGCCUCCCAGCACGGGCAUCCCCUUCUCCAGAGGGGAAGGGAAAUGCUCCAUCCUCCCCGUUCAGAGGGACCAGAACCAAUAGGUCAGCUUACACACAGUCUUACCAAGCAGCAUCGCUGACACUUUAUCUUUCAAGCUUCUGGUUUUCUUUCCUUGGUUUUUACACAGAAACAGCCAAGAAAUUCUGCACAAUAUUUGCUGUGUGUUGACUGAGAGUGUCUCUGGGCCGCUCGAUAGCAGUGUCUUUUGAGUAACUUCGGGGGGAAAAGAAGUAUUUAUUUAUUGAUUGUACUUUACUGUGUGUCCUUGUACACUGGAGUACGUGGGUGUGCUUUGUUAUGCAAAUGGAGAUCUAUCUUUUCAAUGUUCUUUACAAUAUCUUGUAAAUGUUUACCAGAAAAAUGUGUCUAUAUAUAAUAUAUAUACAGUAUAGAGAGAAAUAUGUGAAUUAAGUGGGUUAUUUUUUGAGGGGGGAGGGAGGGAGAAGAAAUCUUUUGCUUCUAAGAACUGUGUGGUUCCUAUAGCACCUAUUCCAUGAUGUGCCAAUCUGCCACUGUCCCUGUACUGCGAGAAUUGUUCUGGUACAGCAACAGGAAGCUCAGAGCAGAACCACCAUCACGACCUCAGCUUGGCUUGGGUUUAGUUCUGACCUUAAAACUGGAAAAGAAGUAAGAAAAGAGGAAAAAGCAUUAGCAAAGGCUUUGUUCGAGCUGUAGUGCUGAGUUCCACAGAGCAGACCUCUGCUCGAACGGGUUCUGUGCCAGCCCUGGGAUUAGCUUGUGCAAGGACAGUUGCAGGGUCCAGGCUUGGUGUGGGUUGCAAAGAAAUUGGAUAGUCCAAAGAAUACGGUAUGUCAUUUAACGUGGGAGUAAAGUCAUUCUGCUUCACAGCUGAUCAUACCUCUGGUUAGGAAAGGAGUAUUACGUGAUCCAUACUUGAUCAUGUAAUGCUUGGGGAGUUGAUCUGCUCUCCUGGCUGAAGGCAGUGCCCAAAUGCACUGCUCUGCUCCAGUUCCUACACAAGUCAGUGAAAACCAUCUGCUCCCCCGUGCUCCUGUGAGAGCUCGAGUCUGGGCUCGGAGGUGCAGCUCUGUGCAGGCCUGAGGGGAAGACGUGAGCCGUUUCCAUGCCCUGCAGUGGUGGAUGGCUCCCCCUGCCCACCCUGCCGGGCCCUGGCCGUGCUGCCCGCACAGGAGCAGGCAGGGCAGGAACAGGCUGUGGUAGUCCCUGUGCUCUGCCCUUCCCCAGCCCCUCUCCUCGCGUGGUCCCAGCUCGGUUUGAUCAUCAGAUCCGCAGUGGCAGGGUGGCAGCUCUGCUCCUUGCCAGCCACAGCUUUAGGUGCCUGUGGAUACCCCAGUGAAGCAGCACCAGGAGCCUGGGGCUCCAUGUCUGUUUGAUGGUUAAAUCCUGCUAAAUUUAAGCAAAGGUUCUCAUUGUGCAGCUGCUUGUAGCACUUCUCCUGUCCUGCUCUGCCCCUCUGCUGGGAUAAAGCACUAUUGUGGGCUCCUGACAGUGAGGAUCCCGUGGUCCUGUGGGACUCGCAGAUCUCCCAGCUGUGCCGCCACAGGAUCGUGUUUACCACGGCGGGAGAAGCCCAUGGCAGGGGAAUUCUUGCCCAUAUACAGUCAUCUUGUCUGGCUCCUUGGGGAGAGGAAUGUCUCAUCCCAGCGGCUCCGUGCUGCUGAAAUCCACCCCCUGCAAUGGCACUUCAGGCUGGGACUAUCUUUAGCCUGGUCUAUGGGACCAGGGACUUGGAGCUGCUGCCCCUUCUGGCUUGAGACUGCUGCAUCCUGCCCCAGGGCACAGUAUCCCGCUUGUCCCAGCCCGUAUUCCCUGCUCCAGGUGGCUCCAGACCGAGCGGGAGUGAAGGAUGGACAUGGGCUGAGAUGCUCAACUCACAUUGCACCCAUGCUGAGCAUCCUCAGAGGCAUGAGGGAUUCACUUUAUGUGCUGCUCAGCUCUCAGUCAUCUCGGUAUCUUUAAAUACAGUGAAUGUCCCAGCCCCGUGUUCCCCGAGGGAGUUACUAAUGGAUUCCCUUUCUGCAUUUGAGCUUUCUGCUGAUGCAACCUACCAAAUAACUCUUGGUACCCAUCCCUUUCAGUGUUACUCAUGUAAACCCUUUAGAAGUUGUCUUUGUUCCUGAAUGUGUGGGUUUUGCAGGAGUUUUUCUCUCACUGUGUUGGGUCUCUGAAGCGCUUUGCUAUCAGUGUGAUUCAUGAAGACUGAGAGGGCUUUUUGCAUGGGGACUUUUUGCUGCUACCCUGUUCUGCUCUCACCCAGCCUCUUAUGGUUUUAACAUCCCUUCACAUACCCACAUGGACCUUUCCAUCACUGCGAAGAUAAAACCAGAUCAAGGGAAGUGACAUUCUUGACGUGGUAGCUUGGAAUUGCGGUUCUGCCACAACCCAUCCGUGGGCAAGCUGAGCCCAUCCCAAAUCCCCACCUCAGAGACACCAGCCGUGUGGCCAAGAGCAGUUUAUGGGAUGAGGUUCUUCUUCUUUCUCGUGUAUUUAUUUCUUAUUUGAAUCCAGCUGGCUGGUUUUCCUUUCUCUCCUCAUUUACUGGGAGUAGCUAUUUAAUCCUCUGCACUGGGAGCCGCUGUGGUGACAGUCCUCAAAAUAGGUGCGAAACCAAUUUAGGAUCCUCAUCACCUAAAUUUGCUUUUAAUAAUCUCUUCUAAUGUCUUAGAUCUCUGCUCUCUCCUGUGGCAUUGCUGUUCAGAGCCUGUGUGUCAGGAGGGCUGAGAUGGUUGGCAUUUCAUCCAACAUCUGUCCAACAUUUUCACUCCAUUUGGGAAUUCCCACGUGGGCCGAGCAGUCCUGGGGAGGGGGUUUCAGCAUUUUACAAUCGCCUGAGCACAAAUUGGUAGUGAAAGAGCACAACCUGCGGAUGAAGUGACACUUCUCCAGCGGGACCGAAGGGUUGUAACUCACCAGAACCAGUUUCCAGACACCCCAGAGCAGAUAAAAUGCCGCUUCCUGCUGCCUGCGCUUUCAGGCACCCCAAUGAUCCUCUUCUCAAGGUCAUGAUCCUCGGUGCUUGCCCUGAAGUAAGCACAUUAUCACUGAUGAAGGCACCUGAAGUCUUUGUGGUCCCACUGACACCCCCUUUGUGUGUGGUGCUGGCAGUGAGGGCUGAGUUAAGCUGUUCUGGUGCCGUUUCCGUGGUUUGGAGUGUUCAGAUUUGUUCUAAGCUUUGUCCGAAUCCCGAAUUUCCUGGAGAAUGUGCGUUGCUGGAAUAGCCAUAGCAGUCUGUUAAUGUGUCUAAUUUUAGAUUAGUGAUAAGCAUAUUCAACCUUAAAUUCCCGUUCAGUACUUUAAUAACUUCCCUUUUGAAAUGAGUUUUGCACAUGGGGACCGAGCGGGGAGCCCGGGGAUGGAGCUGCAGGUCCCAGCCCCUGCUCCGUGUCAGGCUGUGGUGCCUCCGGAGCCGCUGCCGCACCGAGGGUCGGCGGCUCGAUUAUGAUUUAAAGAAUUACUUUAGUUUUUAAUAAAUCAAUGCUAAAAUUUAAACUAUGCACAAGAUGUUUAAAAUACCUGGAAGUUUUGAGAAUAGGUGUGGCUGCAGUGCUGAGGAAGAGAAAGGAUUGAAAAGCCAAAUCCUGGACACUGAGGUACUAAAAACUUCCUUUUCACAACACGUAAGAUCCACUUAAAUUCUCAGAAGUUCAGUCUGCUCUUGGAGGUUAAUUCCCAGGAGCCGGGGAAGGAGAGAGCUGUUCCUCACAAACAGAAUUCAUGAGAACCUGUGUUGUUAAUCCAGUCAUAGACCCACGAUUGCCACCUCCCUCGUGCUAAGGUGUGUUCUGCAGAGCUUGGCGCUGGGCUGUCGCCCUGCUGCAGCCGUUGGGGAGAUGCCAGGAACCAUCCCAAGCUCUGUGGGACACGGGAUUACCUCUCCACAGCAGGGUUAUGAAUGUAUCUGAUGUCCUGGCAUUAGACUUUUAUGUUGCCCUACACCGAAUUGCUGCUUUUAUCUGUUGAUGCCAUUUUGGUCUCUGGGAGUUGCUCUAUUGAGCUUAACAAGCACUAUAGCUUUUAAUAUAUUUGUAGAAGUGCUGCUAAUGUUCUUGGAUGAUUUGAAUUCCACUCUGUGGUACAAUAUCUGUUUUAUAUUGUUUUAUCCAUGCUUUUGUUUUUUAU